UCGGCUGCCGCCGGGGUAGCGGCUGGGGGCGAGAGAGCCGCUGAGCUCGGCCGGGCCGGCUUGCGGGGAGUCGCUGAUCCGCCCCCCCGGCCUGGCGGCUCCCGCUCCCUGCGGGCCCAGGGCCAGGCGGGGCGUCCCGGCUGGGGAAGAGCCCGACGCGCCGCGUCCCGCCCCCCGGUGCCACCGCCUCAAAGCUCCGGCGUGCGAGCGCUUCUCUCCGCGCCCCGCUGCCCCCGGGGAGCUUCUCCGGGGCCUGCGGCUGCCCUAGCACCGCCCCAGCCCGCCCGCUGCACUGACCAGCCCGCCCCUGCUGCUGAGCGCAGCCCGCUGUACUCCCAGCCAUGCCGGGCCCUCUCGCCCCGCACGUGUCCCGAGUGCGGGCUCUGUACCGGCGGAUCCUGCUGCUGCACCGGGCGCUGCCGCUGGAGCUGAAGGCGCUGGGCGAUGAGUACGUGAAGGAGGAGUUCCGGAGGCACCGCUCGGUCGGGCCUGCUGAUGCCCAGCGCUUCCUGCGGGAAUGGGAGUUUACCCUUCACCACAAGAUGCUCUCACUGGCCAGUUCUCCAGCUGUCUCCCAGAUCCCAACAAUGCCUUGUCAGAUCUAUGCAGAAACGCUGUGGCAGCAAGCUAACAAAGACAGACAAAACUCAAGAAAAAAGACUUGCUUUGGAAUCCCCCUCACAGAGGAGAAACUUAAUGACUUCCAUAAUGAACAGAUAAGACAACUGCAGGAAUUGAUGCAAGAAGCCACUAAACCUAAUAAGCAAUUUAAUAUUUCUGAUGAUUCUGAAUACAAGAACUAGAUUUUUUAAAAAUGCACUUAAAAGCAUUUUAUAGAGCUUCCUUUUUCAAUUUGAAUAGAACAUUAUUAUGAAUAAUGAAAGCUGAUAAUAUGGUAACUUUUUUGUGUUUUAACCUGAUGUAUCUGUUUCCUUAUGCAAUGAUGUUAGAAUUAUUGUAUGAUCCCAGGUUAUGUAAAUUAUAACACUUGCACUUUGUGGAACUUAGAAAAUGUUCUUUAUUUUAAGAAUUUGGUAAUAUUAAAAUUGUCAUGUUUUCAAAAUUAAAAGAUUUAUGUUAGAAUUGGAUUUAAGCACCUGGUAGGUCUUGAUUUCAAGCAAGUCAUUAUUUGUGUAUCAUCCACUUCUUCCGCUAAUAAUGGAAAGGAUGCAAUCAACAGUAAUUUUCUGAUGGGGAUUCAGCAAUAACAGUACAAAGAAUGAAUGUGUGCUACUGAUUUGGGUUUUUUGCAUUGCAAAGAAGUAAACCAUGCUUACAAGGA